AUGACCAUACGUCCCCGGAGGGUGCACACGCACCAGCUUACAGGUGUGCACACACUAGGCUUCUCGAGGACGCUGCACGGCCCGGACACGCGGGGCCCGGGAUGUGCACCUGCAGACACACGGUCACGGAGCCGGGUCACGCAGGGAAGCGGCGGCUCAAAGCCCUUAAGGCCCCGGUUGUCACCUCGGGUCUCGGGCUUAGGUCUCCGGGAAGGUGGAGAAAACAUGACGUUUCCCGCCGGGCCUCGCCGGCCUCUCCACAUCCCGGCGGCCUUUGGACCCCGAGGACGCCGCCAGGGCCCACAGCUCCCCGCGUCCGAGGAGCCCCCCGGGGGACCGGGGCACCGGGCGGGGCGCGGCCGCCGCCCCCCCUUCCCCCCCCCCCCCCCCCCCCCGGUUCGGGCCCGGCCGCAGUCUCCGGCUCCGCCCCGGGCGGGCUGUCAGCUCUCCGGGGGCGGAGGAGGAGCCGCCGCAGCCGCCCAACUAGGCCCCGACCCUGGCUCGAGCCCGGCCCCACCGCCACGCAGCCGCCCAGCCUCCCAGCCUCCCAGCCCCGGCCCGGCCCCAGGCCCCGGCCCAGCGCUAGGCCCCGCCUCCCCCGGCCCCGGCCCCGGCCCCGCACCUCGCUGCGCUGCUGCAGCCCGGCCACGACUCCCCUCAGGGCCACGGGAAGGAGGAGGAGGAGGAGCGGCCCUGCCGCCGCCGGUUCGCUGGCUUUGGGAGGCUGCCGCCCGGCACUUCCGCCCCCCAGCCGCUCCUCCCGGGCAUCCAAGAUGGCGCCCCACAGGAGGCGGGGCUGCCGGGCGCCAGAGAGUUCCGUUUCCGGCGCCGGCAGCCGAGCCGUUGGGCCCUGCGGGACCGGCCGCGGCCUACCGGAGCAGGGGAAAGAGGAAGGGGAGCCAGGGGCGGGCCGCACAGGCGCACUGCGCUGCCUGUUAUGGGCACUAUCUCUAUCAAAAUACCUUCUUUCGAUAUGAAGGAGAAUGGAAAGAUGGCAAGAAACAUGGUCAUGGAAAAUUGUUAUUUAAGGACGGAAGUUACUAUGAAGGUGAAUUUGUAGAUGGUGAGAUUAUAGGAAGGGGAAAGCGUUACUGGGCAUCAUCAGGAAACACCUAUUCUGGGCAGUUUCUUUUAGGUGAACUUCAAGGUCAUGGAAUAAUGAAGUACAAAGAUGGAGGAAAAUAUGAAGGGGAAUUCCAUGGAGUGAGAGAAGGGCAUGGGUCCCUCAUUGAUAAAAAUGGACAAAUUUACGAAGGCUCAUUUCACGAAAAUAAAAAGCAUGGUGUGGGACAGAUGAUCUUCCACAAUGGCGAUAAAUAUGAAGGAGACUGGAUUCUGGACCGGCGCCAGGGCCACGGGGUGCUGUACUGUGCGGAUGGAUCGACGUAUGAGGGACAGUGGCGGAAUGGCGUGUUCAAUGGCCAAGGUCUCAUGAUUCACUGCUCUGGCACCAUCUAUGAUGGCUUGUGGAUCAAUGGCUAUCCAGCAACUCAAGCCUCAAAGAUUGUGAUUUUGGGUCCAAAGGUGAUUAAGUUGGUACAGGGAUCUUCGAUCACCUUGAGGGUUCAGCUCCAGACUGACGACGGGGAGGUUGUCAAAAGUGAGAGUGGCCGAGCUUUAAAGAUCUGGGCUGGAGUCCGAUACGUGCAGCUGCCGGCUUUCUCGAAUUUCAGUUUUUUCAAGGUGAUUGGAGAUACUGAGGUGAAACCGAUCCAAACUCCCUUUGGAUUUGAGUGCAUUACCUAUCCUUUGAUGCUUCCUGUGUCUGAAAGGCCAGAGCUGGAAGCUUCCAAAUCAGAAUGUCCUGAAGAUACCCCAUGCCUCCCAAAGGAAGAUUUGGAACCAGAAUCCCUACUGGAAUCCCUAUUGUAUCGUGCAAGAGACGACUCUGAAGACCUGGAUGACUCCACGGUGCCAGUUAUUACUUGGCUCCAGUUCACUGAGUCACAGUUCAGAGUUGGAAGGACUUCAGAGGCUGCAGAGUCCAACCUGCCUCUAACCAAAAUCCUGUGCUGCAGCAUCAUUGACAGCUCUAAGCGACGGAUGCCUCCGUCUCCCUCGGCAACUCCUCUCCAUUGCUUCUGGGACCACACAGAGCAAGUCUCUUCUCCACAGGAAGGCCUCUUAACUUCUUGCACAAAGCGAUCCCCCCCCCCCCGCCUCCUCAUCUCCGGGCUAAACAUCUGCAGCCUCUUCAAGGUGUCCUCCUCUGGGGUGAUUUUGUGGCCCAUCACCACUCAGGCAGCCCACCUCCAGACGCUCUGCUGUGCCUCCUCCAGACAAAAUCCCAAGGGAUGGUCCCAUCUUGGCCUGAUCAGCCCAGGACCUUGGAGCCUGCUGCACGAUGGAGAGAGUUUGAAGGCUGAGACAUGGCCUUGGGAAAUGCCCAUGCCGAAGGACUGGCAGGAGGAGGGAGACAAACAAGGAGCAGACAGAGGUCAGCGGGUGACCAGGAGACGUCAGAAAAGGUGUCCGAUUUAG